GUAACAUGCUUACAUUAUUCUUCCCUUUUCCAGCUCUUUAAUGUCCUUGUAUUGAUUUUAUUUUAUUAUUAUUAUUUUUUUUAAUACUCCUUCUCUAUGUUGUUUGCUAUGUAGACUAGUUUAGCAUUUUUAUGAUCCACUUAUGAUUGCUAUACUGGUUCUUUUUAACGUUUUAUACUCGUACUGAAUGUUUAUAUCUUGUGUCUUGUCUUCUUGGUUCUUCCUCCCCCCACCCCCACUUGUUUAAUGGGCGAUUUACACAAUGACUUGAUUGAGAUGCUUUGUUGUGUUGCAAUGCACCAUACCUGUAUGGAUUUGGGUUAAAAACCUGGUAAGUUUAGGCCAUGUUUGACCUACAUUAUUUUCAAAAAAAUUACAUUUUUAAACAGUGAUUUUGAUUGGCUCAAACAAGGGCUUAAGGGACCUUUUGCGAUAAAUGGGUAAAGUUCAAGAACGAACCAGGUUCUUAAACCGUAUAAUUAUUGCAAGGAGUAUGAUAGCAGCUAAUUUCUGAAAUUUGGGAGAUAAAAUUUGUUCUGAUUUUAUAGCUAUAUUGCUUGUGGUUUUCCUCACUUCCGAUCAACUCUGAUGGAGGAAGAAUUUGGAGAAUUUAAUGUGAAUGCAAGAUCAGUCCUUUCAGUUCCAUUUAAAAAUGAAAGUAUUCAUAGAGAAUCUACCUCACAGUUGAAGUUAAAUUUUCUCAAAUUUGGUUUAUUUGUGCAAAAUUUUGAAUCUUGUAUAAGGUGCUUGAUAAAUUGCCUGAUCGAGCGUGCUUGGUUGUAAUGUUUGCCAUUUCUGUUUUGUUCAUUCCUUAUCCAGCCACGCUUUGAUAUAUUAUUUUUAGGGUGAAAGAUAAUCUCUAUUCUGGUUAGAGUUCUUGUAAAUUUUUCAAUGUAGACAAAAUGGAAGUGUCCAAAAUGGAAAUAUGAUUGCCAUUAGUUUUAUAGAACGUCUUGUGACAUAUAAUCUGUCGACAUUCGUCCUCAUCUUUAAGGUCCAGAUGGAACUCUUCACCUGUUGUUCACAACCCAAAGGCUUCAGCUGCUGGCCGGGCAAAUUGAUGUUCUCUUCCGGUCAACUGUGGACCUGCUUUUUACAUAUCUCUCAUUCUUUGGGACCCAAGAUGAGAAACUUCCAAUAUGCAACAACGUGCCAAGAGAAAGAUGAAACAGAAUUUUAACUGCUUUUGAUGGGUAUCUCAAAGGGAGAUUAUUGAAUAGAUUCUCAACUUAAAGAAAGCUGAUGAAUAUUUCUAAAGAAGAUUGAUGAUCGAUUCCCAUUGUCUAUAAAUACACUAGCUCAUAUAUUUGUAAGAAAUAUUCGCAGUUGGCUAUAAUGGGCACAGAGCUAGACAAUUACAGUGUUCAUGAGGAUAAUCCUUUAGGUUAUGGAAGCUCUUUGCCAGUUCCAAGUGUACAGGAGAUUGUAAGAAAUGAUGCUCAUAAUGUUCCUGAAAGAUACAUAAAAAACGUUGAGGACAGGCCCUUAAGUUCUGAAAAAUGUUCAGUUUCACUUGAUAUACCUAUCAUAGAUCUCUCUUUGCUCACUAAUGGAGAUGAAGAUGAAUUGAGAAAGCUCGAUUUUGCUUGCAAGGAUUGGGGUUUCUUUCAGAUCAUAAACCAUGGUGCAGAUGAAGUUUUACCCAAGAUGAAGGCAGCCGUGGCAGCAUUUUUUGAACUCCCAUUAUGUGAGAAAAAGAAAUAUGCAAUGGCAGCAAAUGAUGUUCAAGGAUAUGGACAAGGUUAUGUCGUCUCAGAUGAGCAGAAACUUGAUUGGAAUGACCUCUUAUUCUUGAUGACAAUACCAUCUUCCUUCAGAAAUAUGAAGUACUGGCCAAACUCAAUACCAGGUUUCAUGGAAGCUCUUGAUGAGUACUCAAUAGAAUUACAGAAGGUAAUCGAUGACAUCUUUAGCAAUUUAUCAUUACUAAUGGGCAUGGAGGGAGGUUUUCUGAAAGAACUGCAUGGGGUUAUGAAACUAGGAAUGCGAAUGAACUAUUAUCCUACAUGUUCCAGGCCUGAUUUAGUUCUUGGGGUUAGUCCACAUUCAGAUUGCAGCUCAAUUACUUUACUUCUGCAAGAUGAUGAUAUCACUGCCCUCCAAAUUAAGCACAAGGAAGCAUGGAUACCAGUAAAGCCAGUUCCAAAUGCAUUAGUUGUCAACAUUGGUGAUGUUGUUGAGGCUUGGAGCAAUGGAUUGUACAAGAGCAUUGAGCAUAGAGCUGUUACAAACGAGAAAAAACCAAGAAUAUCUGUUGCAACAUUUGUGAUUCCAGGUGAAGACGUUGAAUUGAACCCACUUGAAACCAUGGUGGAUGAUAAAUAUCGCCCUAGAACCUACAAGAAUGAUGUGAAGUACGUUGAUUAUCUUAGAUACACGCUUGCCCGAAAAAUGGAUGGAAAAGCAACCAACCUCCAACAUCUAAAAUUCCAGGCACAAGUAAAUUCUGCUAGUCAUUGAACUCGUGACAAAAUUUUAUGUUGGUCCCACAGCUAGUUGUAUUCCUACUUAGUCUCCCAAGGUUCAUUUGUGUUUCAACAUAUAGUAUAGGUGAUGUAAGCUUGAAAUCCGUUAGUUUAUUAUUUUAUAUGUUCAGCUCUACAAUCAUGUUUCACAAACAGAUCAUUGGUCAAUAUAAAAUUUGUGUUCCAUUA